CUGGUCUCUUAACCCACAAUACUCUCGUUGUCCCCAAUAAAUCUUUAGAAACUCAUACCAAAUGUUUUUCACGAAAACCCUCUCGCUCAUCCUUUUGGGUGUUGCUCAACUUACCAACGCGGCCCCAAUCCCAAUAAUUAUCACGAGAAUGCACACAGCUGACGCUGUUACCGUUACCAAUACCUACGUCUCUAAUACUGUCACUGUUACCGGUGCUCCAGUUGAGAUUCUCAUCUCAAACGGUGUCACUUUCACCCUCACUGUUCCUGAUGCUACUUUCCAAGGUACCUACACCACCACUAUUGAGAACAGAGAUCUCGAUAGUGUUUCUACACAAGCUACUGUCGCUCUUGUAGCUACUGAAGCCGCUGUUACUGCUGCUGUCACGGCGCCAGCUACUCUCCAAACCGCUGCUAUUGAAUCCGACGAACUUACUACCACUUCCCGUAUUACUCUCACUACCACUAUCACUGAAUCGUGGACUUUGGGUGUCACUAACUCUGGCACAUCUACUGCUACCACCCAAACUCCCGCUGUCACCACCCAAACUCCUGUUUCCACCACCCAAACUCCUGCUGUCACCACCCAAACCCCUGCUGUCACCACUCAAACUCCUGUUGCCACCACUCAAACCCCUGCUGUCACCACUCAAACUCCUACCACCUCUACCGCCCAGAAUUCUCCCACUACCUCAUCUUCCUUAAUGCUUCCAAAGCAGAUUGUGUACUCCCCUUACAAUGACGAUGGAUCUUGUAAGUCUUACAACACCGUUUACGCCGAUCUUAACAUGAUCAAGUCUAAGGGGAUUAACUCAGUCAGAAUUUACGGUACUGACUGCGGUUCCAUCCAGACUGUUGAGCCAAUUUGUGCUACCUUGGGCCUUACUAUCAAUCAGGGGUUCUAUAUUACAUCUGCCGGUGUUGAUUCUAUCGACGACGGUGUGUCUGAGUUAAUUUCUUGGGUUGAGUCUUCCUCUUCCGGUUGGGCCUUGUUUGACUUCAUCACUGUUGGUAAUGAAGCUUUGUAUAACAACUGGGUUUCCGGUACCGACUUGAUCAACAAGAUUGGAUCCGUCAAAGCAUUAUUGAAGGCAGCUGGCUACACUGGUAAAGUCACCACCUCCGAACCACCACAAUCAUGGGUCGAUAACUCCGACUUAUGUGGCGCUGUCGACUUCCUUGGCUUGAACGCUCACCCAUACUUCGAUGCUGCUAUCGAUGCUUCCCAGUCUGGUGAAUUUAUCCUCUCCCAAAUCUCCACUGUCCAAGCUGUGUGUCCAAACUUGAGUGUCUACCUUGCUGAAACCGGCUAUCCAACCCAAGGUGACACUAACGGUUUGCAAGUUCCAUCCAAAGCGAACCAGAGAAUCGCUAUUGCAGGUAUCUUGGGUGCCGUUAAUGGUGAUGCUACCCUUUUGACCACCUUCAACGACAUGUGGAAGUCUCCGGGCCCAUACAAUGUCGAGCAAUACUUUGGUGCCAUUGACCAGUACUAAACUUUGAGUCGCUCACCCC